AAAAAAAACGAUAAAGCUGACAAAGAUGAUAUCGUUUUUUAACUAUGUUGCUCUAUAAUGCCCUAGUUUUCCCGUGCGGAUGAAUUUCUCGGAAGGAAUGCAAAACUCUGUAUAACAUCUGUUCGGGAGACGUUCGCAUCUAAUAUGCGAUCAGUUUUGGGGUUUUAAAUAUAUUUUAGCAGCUUUGGUAGGUUGUUUUUAGUUACGUAACGUUUCUACGCAAUUAGCAGUAACACCAAGGCUGUGCUUCGUUGAGAAAUAGAAUGUAACGCCAGUGUUAAGUAGUUAGAUCGCAUUGCAGUAGUUAAACUAUGGCUAGUUCCCAUUUAGCACGUAUGCGGUACGAGUAAGGUAAUUCGAAUGCAUUAUAUCAAUCACAAUGUGUGUAUUUUUUUUAAUUUAAUCUGACACUUGUAACAUCUUGCUCCCCGGCCCCUACCUGCCUUGUAAAUGAGCUAGAGUGUUGGAUUUCUAUCUUGUUUUAACUUACGUCUUUGGCUAAACUUUCACAAAACCAGCUACGUUUGGUUUACGCUUCACAGAGCACGGACAACAUUUUUGAUAACUGACUGACAAACGUUAACGUUGAACAUGAAGAGGACCAGAGGCGGUGGUGAUGAGGAAGCUCCCCGGCAGAAUGGUUCUGCUGGCCGAAGGAAAGGAAAUCAACAGCAGGCUGACGGGGACGACGGGGACGACGGGGACUGUGCCAUCGGCCCACCUGACCUGCAAGACGAGGAAAAUGACCCGGGACUCAGGAGAGAAAUACGGAGCAAGUACAGGGACCUCAUCAAUUCAGUGACGCAGAAUAGGGAAGAUAUGCUGAGCCCCUCCAACAACAAGCUCACAGAAGUUUUACAAGAGGCAGUCAAACUUUUUAAAGAUGUCCGGCAGCCGAGAGAAGCCGCUCUGGAUGCCCACCUCCUGGUUGUGGCCACAGACCUGGGAAAUGAGAAAGCCAGCCAGCUGUUCACUGAGGGCACCACUUUUGAUCCCACUGCUUUUUCUGAGCAUCUUCUGUCCUUCAUGGGUCUCAACCGACUAGAAGACGAUGAGGACGAGCAGCAGAACGGCAGCGCAGUCGAUGGCUACCUGCCCCAGGAUGCUUGGCACCGAGUGGCCAGGAGAGCCGAGGGCUGUUUCAGGACGGCCCCCUCCUUCCAUUACAUGAUGGGUUCAUUCCAUGCAGAGCCGCCUCCUCCGAAGCAAAGGAUAGAACGGCAACGGAAGGCCCCUAGCAAGGAAGCCAAAAGGAUAAUGCCGACUCAGCUGAAGAAAAUGGAAGACUCCCACCAAGAAGCGACAGAGAAAGAGGUGGAAAGGAUCCUGGGAUACCUGAAGAGUUAUUACCAGGAUGAUCCGACAUCACCGAUCUCGUACUACGAGUUUGUCAUCGACCCCAAGUCAUUUUCCCGGACGGUAGAGAACAUUUUCCACAUGUCCUUUCUCAUCAGGGUGAGCGGCCGUUGCUGUUGUGUGUUUGUUGUUGGCCCUCUAGUGACUGUUAACAGGUGUCAACAAUGCUUUUUGUGUUUUCAGGACGGGUUGGCACGGAUGUAUUUGGACAACGACAAAUUGCCUUGCAUAGCGCCCGUAGAGGAGGGAGAGGUGGAUGCUGGAGGAUCCUACAGCCGUAAACAGUGCAUCGUCUCUAUCAGCCCCAAGAUAUGGAAGGAGCUCAUUGAUGCCUUCGAUAUCAGAGACACAAUGAUUCAGCCUCCAAACACGCAGAAUGAGUGAUGGCCCCGGCUACUUUUUGUUAGCUAAACCCAACAUUGUUUUUAGGUGUGUUGCUGUUUGCUUGUUUUUUAAACAUUUCUAAUUAAUAAAAACAAAUUGUUAGAAAUUUGCAAAUGCCAAAUUCCAGUAAAUACCACUCUUGUAAACACAUGUCAUAGUUACUGUGAGAUCCUGAUUACUCAAUUGCACAUUUUGUUUUUAUAUUUGCUUUUUACUGUUUUUAGAAGUUAAAAUAAUAAAAGAAAUUGAA